AUGGAUCUUGAGAGGACGUCGGAUAGGGAAGUCGGGACUCCUGAAAAGUAUUCCCAUGAGCACCUUAGAUUGUUCGAGUUUCAAGGUUACUACGGCCGGUCGAGAGACGUGGAGCUAGUCGGUUACGUUUUGGCGAAUUGUGUCGUGCUCGAGAAAGUUGUUAUAUGUCCUAGCGAUCAUCAUUCUAAAAGUGAUGAAGAAUGGGCAUUUGAGCACAAGCAGGUUUGUGCCUUUAUCAGAAUGUGGGUGGAUGAUAAUGUUAGGAAUCUUGUUGCCAACGAAACAAAUGCAAAAGAUCUUUGGGCUACACUUGAGACAAUGUACGCUUCUAAGACAGGUGUGUUAGAUCAAUUGUCUAAUGUUGGUGUUACCUUUGAGAAUGAGAUACUUGGCUUGUGGUUGCUUAAUACUUUGCCCGACUCGUGGGAGACAUUCAAGGUCUCACAUACGAAUUCUGCUCCUGGUAAUAAAAUGUCUUUUGAUUAUGCAAAAAGUGGAAUCCUUAAUGAAGAGAUUCGAAGAAGAACCCAAGGAUCAUCUUCUCAGACUGAGGUUUUGGUUACAGAGCAGAAAGAGAGACAACAGAAUAUAGGUCAGGGUAAUAGAGGAAAGAGUAGAAGCAAGUCCAGAGGCAAGUAUAAGGAUGUUGAAUGCAAUUACUGUAAGAAAAAAGGCCACAUGAAGAAAGAUUGCUGGAAAUUGAAGAACAAAAAUAGGGAGAAUAAUAGCAAGUCAGAAAAGUUUGAAGAAAGCACUUCUGAUCGUGUUGCCACUGCUACAAGUGCUGAUCUUGUCAUUGUUUAUGAUGAUGGUGAUAUUAACUUGGUCUCUUCUGAUUCUAGUUGGCUUGGUGACUCGGGUGCUGCAGUCUAUGUCACUCCUAAAAGGGAAUUUUUCAGCACUUACACUGUAGGUGAUUUUGGUUAUUUGAGAAUGGGCAACAAUGGCAUGGCCAAGGUUAUUGGCAAAGGAGAUAUUUGCUUGAAAAUGACCAAUGGCUCUACAGUGCUACUUAGAGAUGUCAGACAUGCUCCUGAUGUUCGAUUGAAUUUGAUUUCCAUUGGUAGACUUGAUGAUGAUGGUUACGGUAACAACUUUGUUGACGGAAAAUGGAAAAUCAGCAAGGGUUCUCUAAUUUUGACCAAGGGUACAAAGUUGAAGGAAAAUUUGUAUGUUGUGCAAGCUUCAAUUUUGGAUGACUCGGUGAAUAUGGUGGAGAAACAUGCUCACCAGAAUUGUCGCAUAGAAGAUUGA